AUGAUGCUGCCAGUUGCCGCCUAUAGUUCUUGCACAGCGGACUUCGUGAAGAUCUGCAAGCGAGACCAGGAUACCGUGAACGAGUGUGUGAGGAAUAGCAUCGAGGAGCUACGGCCACACCUGCUGCGGGGCAUACCGGAGAUUCGAGUGCCCAGCAUCGACCCCUACGUGGUAGAUGAGCUUAGACCUGUACAAGGGAAUCUGAACGUUCUAUUCAAGAAUGUACGAGUCACCGGGGCUGGCGAUUUUCAGAUGAAACGACUAGACGUGGACAUAGAGUCGCGUAGAGUCAACACGACGAUCACCGUGCCGGCUCUACACUUUGAAGGGUACUACUCUGUGGACGCCCACGUCCUUUCCGUUCCUAUCAAGGGAUCGGGGAAUUUUGCUGCUAAUUUAACUGAAUGCGAGGCGACCGUUAUACUGAAGUAUGAAGUGGAGGACCGCAAUGGUAAAGUCUACGCCAAGUACGUCUCCUGUGACCUCCUGUUGCGGGUAGGGGACUACCACAUUACCAUGGAGGGCAUUACUGGGAUCGGAGACCUCGCUGAGAGGAUGAUCAACGAGAACAAGCGGGAGAUGCUGCACUUUGUCCUCCCCUAUAUCCAGGGCACGGUCGGUCAGGCGAUCGUUCUAGAAGCAGCUAACAGAAUCUCCUCCACCGCCACCUAUGACGAAUUUUUCCCAGAACCUUAG